AGGUGUCCGUUUCGAGAGCGCGAGCGCUUUUCGUUUGGUUGUCGCAAGCUUUGCUUCGGCUAUUUCUGCAAAUAACGAGCCUAUUUUGCCUCCGCCUGUCUUUCUGUCUGUCUGUCAAGAUGCAGCUGCUGCAACGGAAAAAGACUGACCCGAGCUUCGUGAUCAGCAUCGAGAGCGGUGUCGAGGAGGUGCGGGAACCUAAGGUACACGAGGAAUGUGACUUUCUGGUGGAUGUGCUCACCGGCAAGCGGUCGGUGUCACCCGAUUUCUGCUGCAAGAUGCUGUACAUGAUCUUCUGCACCUGCUUCACGAGCGAUGGCGGCGCAAGCCAGCGACCGAAGUUAGCGGCGGCCAGUGGCAGCGGCCGCACCGCAAACCAGCAAUACACAGCGACCCCUAACCUACCAAACGAUCUGAGCGUGGGACGGGCGAGAGUGUUCAUUCGGGGAGUGUGUUUUGUGUGAACCAAAAACGAAACGUUAAA